UUUCAAAUCAUUUCAUCUUCAAAAUUCUUUGAACACGGGCAUGCAGAGAACUGAAGUCCGAACAUGAAGAGAACCUGCCAGAAAAAGAUUAACAAUCUCAACAAAAUACUAGAACCCACAUCCGUAAAUUCAACUAUCCAUUUACUUUGCCACUUGGGAAUAUUACAAGAUGCUCUAAAACUCAUCUUCUCUAACCCAACCCACUCGGAUUAUUCUCUGUAUUCAAAAAUUUUGCAGCUUUGCAUCCACAGAAAGGCAAAAAUGGAAGGCCGUUUGAUUCAUGGUCAUCUUUUAACCAAUGGGCUUUAUUCAAAUGCAUAUUUAAACACAAAUUUAUUUAUAUUCUAUUCGAAGCUCAGUGACAUGGUUAACUCCCGUAAAGUGUUCGAUAGAAUGUCUGAGAGGAGUUUGGUCACUUGGACAGCGUUGGUAUCUGGGUAUUCUCAAAAUGGGGACUCAGAGGAAGCUCUUGUAGUGUUUUCAGCAAUGCAUAGGAUUGGUGUUAAUGUCAAGGCUAAUCAGUUCACUUAUGGGAGCACUUUGAGGGCGUGUACGAGUAUGAUGUGUUUGGACAGAGGGAAGCAAAUUCAAGGAUGUAUUCAAAAGAGUAGACUUGUUAAGAACUUGUUUGUGCAGAGUGCAUUGGUUGAUUUUGUUGUUUAAAUUGGGUAAUUGAAACAAAAUAAAUAAA